GGUCGGGCUGUAUUCUCCGCCAUUGCAUCGGGAACAAUCACCGAGUGUAAGGGGUGUUCUUCAAAAAGGUGGUUUUUACCAUUAUUCUACUUACGGAUUGUCCUAAAGGGAUAUACAGUGUGGCCAGGAGUGCUCUGUGUGGUUAAUCAUGGGUCGCAGCGGUUCUUGAAGGGUAUGGAUAGCGAUACGAAGCAACGAAAUCAAAGGACCAGACGUCGGGUGAAAAUGCAGAAGGGACGGGACCGUUCCGAUCUUGGAAGUGGGGAGGACGGGGAUGAGUCUCCCGGUCGACACAAGUCACAACGGCCGCCUCCUACGAGAAAGAAAAGGUGUAAAGAACCACUUUUUGAGGAAGAUGUCAUCGAUGGAUUUGCAAUCCUCAGUUUUAAAACCUAUGAGGAUUUAGAGAGUACUCUUUUCGAAAAUAAUCGAACGAGUCCCGAACCCAUGUUUAAUUGUCAACCGAAAUGUGAAGAAAAGAUCACCAAAAAGAAAACUUGUAAUCUCGCGAAAGUCAACAAUAACAACAAAAGAACGCUUACUCCGAAUAAGAUCACAGACCUCUUACACAAUAAUACCAGCGUUGCAGAAUUGAGUAAUGAAGAGAACUCCAGGCCGAAUGAAGAACUCACCCGACCCCAAAGGUGUACAUCCGGAGACCAGCUGAGUGAUGUAAGCAGCCACACUAGCUCAGAGCGUGGAUAUUUGUGCGAUAGUGAGAGUGACAGUGAUAGGGGAACAAUUGUUCUUCCAAUCUCUUUGGCCAUCAAAAAAACCCCACUGGCUUUCCGACCAUCUGUAACCAGCGAUUGUUUGGAUGUAGUCAAAGGGACUAUUCGUCCUCAGGUAAGUUCAAUGGACAUUGACCUCUAUGCCAGCCUAAGGUGAUUGAUAGAAUUUUAAUAUUUAUUUAUGUUUAUAUCAUAUUUAACAAAUAUCGUUAAUUAAAAUUUUUAAUGAGUAAUUCAUCUGUUUAAUUUACACAUCCGGGAUGAAGUUAUAAAGUAAUACGUAUUUUUGGAUAUCAAAAUUAAAUUAAA